UUGCAACUCAUUCCAAGUCUGUAUAGAGAAACUGAUGCUUCAAUCCAAACAGAAAGGCUUUCCAAUGGAAGAGGGGACAGACUCGAUAUGGCUACUGCUCAGUAUGCAUUUUUGAUUGACGUAGCGAAGGACAUGAACCAUGCAGAAGAAAUGCUAGCGGGAAUAACUAACAUGGCCAUCGGAGAGAAAGCAGGGAAAGAACAUAGUGAAAAUAAUGAAUAUUUCCAAGGGAAAGCAAAAGGGUUUUCAAAGCGAAAAUAUGUUGGCACCAUCACCAGUUCUGGUAAUCAGGGAACAUCAGGAAUAUGUGCAAGUCGUCAACAUCCGGGGAUUAUAUAUGCCAUUAUUGAUGGCCCUGAAGACAGAGCUGAUGUCUAUGACAGCAACAUAUAUGCUUACGAUGCAAAUAAUGCUUCGCUCGUCACCAAGAUAAGUCUGGAUGUUGUCAAUGUUGACUGGGAGGAUAUUGCUUGUGGUCCUUGUGAUACGAGUGGUUUGGGACAUUGUAUUUAUGUAUCUGAUACUGGACAUACAGGAGAAGGUCCUGUUAAUCUGAUCUACAAGGUACUGGAACCAGAGGAAGUGAUACAGGGUCGUAAACUGUCUCUCGGGGAGGACGAAAUCGAGGUCAUCGGCUUUGAAACAAUUUUAGAAAACAGCGGAACACUACUGGUUUCACCAAGGGGUCAACUGUAUAUCAUGGAUUCUCUUCACGAACCUGGCGGUUUGUAUGAGAUCGUUGAUGGAGAAACAAAAUACCUCUUUGAUGUAGCCGUACCAAAGAAGAGCAUUUACAUAGCACCGAAUGGCGGAGAUAUAUCUCCUGAUGGUAAAGCAUUACUCUUAAAGACCCAAGAGGAUGUCUUCUAUUGGUAUGUUGAAAAGGAGGAAGACAUGAAGUCGGUACUAACGGAUGCCAACCAGUCUAUAAUACUCCCUUACUUAGAAGAAAGACAAGGCGAUUCUAUUGCCUGGAGUCUAGAUGGCGCGUCCUUCUUCACUGUAUCUGAAGGUGAAAACGAACCCUUGUUUCGAUAUGAUAGACUUACCUAACACCCGAGGAUUUUGAAAAAAAUGGAGCAGUGGGCAACACAACAUUACCAUGUUCGUUAUAGUUAGGAGAGGCUUAAAUAACAUGGAAACUGAUUUGUGUCAUGCGCUUGAAAGUGUUAUACUUAGUUUCAGGAACUGCCCAAGCCUAAAUUGAAUAAAUGGACGUCUAAGGAAUUUAUAUGUUAAUAUAUAUAUGACCAUUGAAACAGGAUUUACAUGAACUAGAAACAGAUAUGUCUGAUUUUUGUAGAAAAUUGAGAUUACUAAAUCAUUUUGAUAUUGAUGCCAAUAACGAAGAUACUUCAUUAGCUAGAAACAAAAGCACCUUCACUCCAAAAUCUUGUAGAAACAAAGUGUUAGACAAUGUUAUUAACCGCCUCAAAGAUUUACCCUUUACUGUAAACCCUCAAAGAGGUAAAUCAAACAUAACAAAAAAUGAACGACCGGCCCCAAACAGAUUAUCAAACAACGAGUCAAUUGUUAUUAAAGAAGCUGAUAAGGGAGGCGCUAUAAUAAUUAUGGACAGUAAUUAUUACCAAGAACUCUCACUGGAUAUGUCAAAAGAUGAAUCUUAUUACAGAAAGCUUUCAGACAGUUCGGAGAAAGUCUGUAUUACUUAAUCAUAAAAUAUUAGUAUAUUCACAUUCUCAAUGCCUUACUAAAAACGAAGAGGAUUAUUUAAUUAAUUUUGAAUCGAAAGAAAGUAAAUUUUAUGGCCUCCCUAAAGUUCAAAAGAGCGCACAGAUCCAAGAAAAAUGUCGAACAUUGAAUUCUGCUUAUGUCAAAAUAGCCCCCGAAAAUGAUUUAAAAUUACGGCCAAUAAUUGUGGGACCCAAAUGUCCCACACACAGAAUCAGUUACCUUAUGAAUAAAGUGUUGAAACCAAUAACUAAACAUGUCAAGAGCUACAUAAAUGAAACCACUGAUUUUCUGAACCAACUUCCCGCCUCAGUCGAAAAUGGUACAAAGUUGGUCGGUUUUUAUGUAGUUAGUUUAUAUUCAAACAUUCCCCAUGAUCUCGGCACAGAAGCUAUUGCAUACUGGAUAAAUAAACAAAGUUCGGAAAUCCGAGAGGACAUUACCUCGGAAUUCAUUAUCGAUUGUAUUAAAUUUAUUCUAAACAAUAAUACUUUUAAUUUUGAUGGUUCUCAUUACAAACAAGUUAAAGGCACAGCAAUGGGGACAAAAAUGGCCCCUACUUACGCAACCCUUGUACUUGGUUAUUUGGAGCAAAAGCUGUACUCAAAAACUGAAGAAGAUUCGGUAUUGAAUUUGGACAGGGAUUUCAAGAUAAAUGGAAAAGAUUUUAAGAUGAUUGUUUUGUUCGGUGGAAUCGGAAUGAAAACGAUCUACAGUGUUUGAUAGAUACUAGUAUUUUACAGACACUCCAGCCAAGUUUAAUCUUUACUUUAGAGAUGAGCGAUAACAAUAUAUCGUUUCUAGAUGUAAUGGUUACAAUUUCAAACAAUAACAUUAAAACAGAUGUAUAUUACAAACCAACUGAUUCCAAGCAAUACCUCAAUUACAAUUCCUGUCACCCCCGUCAUACUAAAAACAGUGUCCCUUACUCAUUAGCACUUAGAAUCUGCGCGAUAGUAUCUAAUUCAGAUCGUGCACAAUAUAGACUCGAUGAACUGAGGGAGUCACUUUUA